UGCCUGUUUUGGCCGAGGAUACAUUUUCUGUGCUCUGGGACCCUUUGCUGGGCGGAAACGCUGAGUCUGAACACGCAAUCGGCUGGACCGCCUAAACAGACCCUCAAGCAUGCACCCGAUCGCCAAGAUGCGCGCACACUUUACGUGUGGAUAGUGUGCUUGUCUGUACGACGCGUGGUGCCAGGCUUUCGCCACGACGGUGCGACUCCGAGGCUUGCUUUCACUAGUUUCGGCCUUAACACCAUAAAAAACAUGCAUACGUGCUGUUGUAGCAAAAGCCUUUUUCUUCAAGCAAAAAUACGUUGCUGUGAUGUUUAUGGCAAAACAGUCAACGCCGUACAAAAAGCACUUGACUAUGGCGGACUGUUUCGUGCUUUGCAGCGCCCAUUAGAGGGUCCCUAGAUCCUUCCAGCAUGCAGUCGCCACGUGCGGGUUCUCUCAGAUGCCGAUCGACGGUAUCCCGAUUCUCGGAGGGGUCAGACCCGUGGAUUAGAUGCUGAUUUUGGGGACCUUGUCCAACAGACGGAUUUGCCAGAAUUAUUGCGCCCUCUUUCCGACCCUCAGGUGUUUUCUACUUUGUUUCCUCCCUCAACUCCCUCCACCAUCACACCUGCCUCGUGCUACCCAGACCCGUUCGGACAACGUGGCGACCGCGUCGUGGCGCCCUGCCUCUGGCUAUUGCUGCCGCCUACUUUCUUCCUUUGACUUCGUUGUUAAGUAAUCGGCACCACCUCAUUUUUUGCGUUUCCAGUUGACGAGUAUCAGGUGGCGUGUGCUGAGUAACGCAGAUCUCUGCAUAGAAGUUCUGCCGCUGCCAACUGCGUCUGCUUCCCCAGCUGACCAACCACUCUUUUUUCGCCGAUACGAGGCAGUCGCGUAGCUAUUCUGCCCGACCCCCCGAGCGUGGCCGACGAAUCGGAGUCGUUCUGUGGCGGGGCGUGUUCUGCCUCUCGAAUCGGUUGGCUCUUAUCACAUUCCACUGGCUUUCUCUCGUCGAGAUGGCAGACUCCGUUCCUUCUCUUCGCAAAAGUGUCGUCUGCAGUCUGUGGGCCGGCCUGAUCGUCGCGACCGGCCAGGCCGCUGGAGCCGGCUUCUACGCUGCGCCUCAACCGAACGCCCAUGCCAAUUCCAAUGUAAACGGCGGAGUUCAAGCGACUCCAGGUUUUGCCGGGCCCGGCUUUUUCGGCCCGGUGGCUGGCACUGGCUCAACACAGCCCUUUCCUACUGCAGGAAUGGGAAUGUCCAGUGCACACGGUUUAUCGCAUCAACCUGUCUUGGACUACGGGAUCGCCUCGUAUCCAGGCUACCCGGGUAGUGUGACCGGUCAAAGCGAGGCACAGUUGGGUGGUCCUCAUCGUGCUCAGCUGCCAAGGGAAUCAGGAGUGAUCGGUGCAGAAAACAGAGACCCCGGUGCCGCUGACAGUCCUGCAGGAACGGUCUUCCCGCAGCAGCAUUUCGGCGGGGAGUACGCAGACCCGCACGAUCAGGACGCUAUGAACCGCCGAGAUCCAGGAAGACCCGUGAACGCAGCCCGUCGGCCAAAGAGAAAACGACGUGACACCGACAGUGAAUCCAACCCCGUCAUAGCAGAUUUAACUGAGAGGCUGAGGCGGCUGAGACUCACAGAAAACCCGCCGCUCCCCGAUAUCAAGGGCGUGAAAACGAUGUUGGCGGCCGCUGCCUUGUAUGGACUGCAGCUUGUGGGAUUGCCGCUCGCGCUGUUCGCCUUCGGAGUUGGAGGAAUGAGAUAUUUGAAGAGCAAAGAUGAACGCGAUCGCAGCCUCUUGGAGAGGAGUAACUACCGCAAGAACAAACAAGGAUCGAAUUAGGUUGUUUCCAUGAGCGAACUUAGAAAUCCGGCAAGGAACGCGAAUGUGGUGCAGGCGUCUGUUCUAGUUCUAUGUUGAUAUGGCCAAAGAGGUGCGUGGCCCGAAAAAGCCUGACGGCACCGGAGUCGGAGACUCUCCCUUUCUGUCCAGCCAGUACAAAAGAGAGAAGCGUCGGCGAAGCGUGUUGCGCGCUGGCGACCGAUGACGAGCCGCACGCUCAUAGCCUACGUGUGUUCCUAUCUGCCAGGUCCACAGUUUGACAGUGAAGUCAUGCAUCCGGGAAUCCACGAACCCCGACAAAUGUAUGUUACUCUGAUCUCCAGUGCGUUUUGUAGCGGUCGUUCGAGACUUCUGUAUCCUAAGAAGGAAGGAUUUGUGAAAAGAUGCUCUCUCACUCUCGGCAACGAAAAGGGGCACGAACCUGCAGCAGCUUUUGAGAUGAGCCACCAACAGUGGCGGCCCCAGUCCUGGCGUUCAACUUGCGUCUGAAAAUGGCAUCUUGACGAAAGCCAACAUCGGUUCGAGUAUGUCGAAGGUGGUUUUUGUUUCGAAAUCUCGAAUUGUUCUUCGUUUUAAGUUCGAGUAUAAGAGCGCUCUUUUACAUCCAGUUCCAUACAGUCCCAUACAUCUGACUGCACGGAUGUACGGCCAGGAAUUUUUCUUCCACAGUGGGAGAGAUAGGAGUGGGACGACAUGGGUUUCGUGGUCGACGAUGACACACCUGGCCGUGGCAAAGUUGGCAAAGACUGUCCGCUUGCCUUCGAAAAAAGCGAC